AUGUCCACACAUGCGGCCAAAAAAACAAAAUUAGAAGAUUUGCCACAAUGCCCAUAUGGUAGUAAAUGUUAUCGUAAAAAUCCAGCUCAUUUCCAGGAGUAUUCACAUUCUGAUUGUGUAUCUACUUCAGUUACUCCAAAAGCAGUUAAAACUGAUACUAAUAUAACAUUACCAGUAUGUCCAUUUGGUGCUACAUGCUAUCGAAAAAAUUUAUUACACUUUGCGGAAUACAGUCAUCCAUUCGAUCUACUCAAUCCUGACGUUGAUAGUAGUGAUGAAGAUGAAACUAAUCAAUCCAAUAAAAAGAAUGAAACAAUAAAUGAUAAUAAAAAACGAAAAAAAGAAAAUGAAGAAGAUGACGAUGAUGAUGGAGAUAAAACAGAAGAAUAUGAUACAGAUGAUAUUAGUGAAGGUAUAUUAUUAAUGGAAGGUGAAACGGAAAUUCUCAAAGGUACUAAAGUUAAAUAUUUCGAACUUUUUCCGGAACGAAAUUAUAAACAAGGUUCAGCUGCUGAAUUACAUUUUCGUUUAGCUGAAUCUCAAUUUUAUCGUUUACUAAGUGGAUAUGGAACUGCAGCACGAGAAGAACUAAAGAAAAAACGUGGUGAAGAAUAUUCUUAUCCUGUAUUAGCUUUUCAUGGUACAGCUAUUGCUAACAUUCAGCCAAUAUGUGAAAAUGGUUUUAAAGUACCUGGUGAAGAAGGAUUUGCGCAUGCAACUGAUAGUGGUUUUUAUGGACGAGGAGCAUAUUUUAGUGGUUAUGAUUCACAUUGUUCACCUAGUAAACAGGAGCUUAUUAUUUUUCGUAGCGAUUAUAUUCUUCCUCAAUAUAUUGUUCAUUAUAAAUUAGAUGCUGGAGAGUUUAAAUAUGCAGUUACUGGUGCUACGAAAGAAGCAAUAAAGAAAAAACUUGCUAAAAUCGGAAAAUUGUACAAAAAAGCAGUUGCAACGAAAGAUAAAAAAAUAUUUACUGGUUAUAAAUUCGCAUUUAUUGGUCAAAUGGUUGAUACACCAUUAGCUAUUGAAGCACUUGUUAAACGAUUCGGUGGACAUGUUUGCAAAAAUGCUGUUCCAUUUGGUGGAACAGUAAUGACAACUGGUUUAUUUUUCAAUGGAUAUCCUGCAACUGUUCCAUUUGAUGCACCUAAUAUAAUCAUUUGUUCAAUAACUGAAUAUGAAGCAGCAACUCCGUCAACUGAAUUACAAGCUUAUAAAAAUAUGAAUUAUCACGCAUUCUAUCGUGAAGAUUUCUUAUAUGACUCAAUUAUUGAGGGUGCAUUGAAAACAUUAGAUGAUUAUGCACAUGAUUGA